AUGGCAUACAGUAAAGGACACCGGAAAGACAAGAAGUCGUUCCAUGGAAAAGAAAAACCCCAUAGAAAUGCACCAACGUACUACAGAGGAGAGAAGCAGCAGACACAAAAGCCAAGAACAAAGCUGACCCGAAAUGUUGUAAACAAGACAUUCAGAACAGACUCAGAGCUGACUGAGUUCAUCCUCACUGAGGGAACAUUCAAAGACAGAGUGACCGCCAUGGCACUCAUCAUAAUAAAAGAACAAAACAGAAAGGCCCUGGAAGACUUAAUCCACAUACUGGAGAAUACAGAAGGCGGAGACAAGGCGUAUUUAGCAAUUACGCAUGCAGUGAAGGUGGCAGAGUACUACUUGCAGUGCAAGAAGCAGAAAUCAGACACACCUGAAAACGAAGAAGAAGACUCAUCUGAUAGCAUAAGUGAAGAAAUUAAAGAACUUGAUGGAGAGAGUGAGGAAAUAAAAGAGACCAAGAAAAAGACAGAAGAGGAAGAGAAAAUAGAUGAAGAUAAGUUCUGCCAAUUCAUAGAGCACUCUGGGUUUAUAAAAAGACUUGUUGCAGCACUUGCAAAACAGUUAGAAUUUCCGUUCUUGAAGGAAAAGAUAGCAAUUCUUAUUAAGAGUAUGAUUGAAGCAGAUACACUGAGUGGUCAGAUGAUUGAUAUUCUAUUGGAUGCAGCAGACCAUCAGAUAGAUAAAGAAAUAGCAGCCAUCUUUACAUACAUAGUAAGAAAUAGAAAGAUAAAUCUAAUCUCUAUUCUAAGGGACAAAAUAACCCAAACAAUUCUAUCCCAUAAGAACAUGAGGAAGGUAAAGUACUUUGUCACCCUAGCCCUUCUCCUGAAUAAGUCAGAAUGGGUGCAGGAAGACGCAGAUUACCACGUAUACGUAUAUCCUCUUAUAAAGGGAUUCUCGCAGAUACUCAAGAAAGUGGCAGAGGAAGUGGAUAACCCAGCAGUCAAGUCUAAGUCAGGCCUGGCAGUUGUAUCUUCCCUUCUGAAGGGACUGCUGCGGUUCAUAAAGUGGCAGAGAACAAUUCCAUCCCUUAAGAAGAACUACACAGAGGAGAUCGUAAAAGACAUAGGAUAUAUCUUCUUUAAGAUGGCGUACAAUGAGAACACAAAGUACUCCCUGCCUGCACUUAACAUCCUUGAGACAAUCAAUGAAACCGAGAAGAUUAAUUACAGCAGAGUACUUGGGGAUACAAUCAGAAAGUACAUCUACCUAAAUGACCUCAGCAGAUGCGAAAUAUUAAACAAGGCAGUGAAUGUGCCAGAGAAGGAGGUGCAGACAAAAGUCAUACAAAGCGCAUACCAUGCACCCAUUGGCUCAAAGUACCCCCUAGGAUGCCAAAUGGUCUCCCAGGAGGCUGGGAUAGACGUGCAAGGCAGGCUGGGGUACAUCCUUCUGACUGACUCCUACGAUAAAGAAACCGCAGAAUCAGCGGAAAUGCUAGUACAAGGCAAGAAUAUUCCAGUAUAUAAUAUAUGGUCAUAA